GGAUUCACAUCUGCAGAGAAAAUAUACCUGGUCACCGAAAUAUUAAACAAAACCAGAUAUGGCGACACGAUGAACAUGUACGAUAUAAACUCCCUAAUUAAGAGUGGAAGUCUGGAAACAGCAUAUCCUCUUCACACUGGAACAUACAAGUGGACUGUCAGUGGACCAUUAACCGAUAGACAGUUGCUCUAUGAGUUUUGGGCGAGACCAAAGCGUUGGUACAAGGAACAUCCGAACAAUGUAAUCGAGAAGUAUUUGGGCACCGAGUAUGCUUUUUAUUACAAGUUUCUGGCUCUGUACACCUGCAUGCUCAUUAUUCCCGCCUUUUGUAGUUUAAUUGUUAUUGUUUAUGGGUUUGCAUCCAUGAACUCCAAAGAAAAUAUGCUAAGUAAAGAAAUCUGUCAAAGCGAUAAACUGAUUUGCCCUCUAUCUUCUAGAACCAAAUAUUUUUAUGCAAAAGGUUUAUGCGGGAUUUUUGAAGCUACAUAUAUUAUAUUUAAUACCGCCUCAAUAGUUUUUGCAAUUGCAAUUUCUUUAUGGUCGGCCGUUUUGGUUGAAAUGUGGAAAAGGGUUGAAUCCACGAAUCAGUUAAAGUGGAAUGUUAAAAAUAUGGAACAAGAUUUAACCAUGAGGAUGGAAUAUAAGGAGAGAGCUCAUUACCGUGAGGUAGCCGAUGGUACUUUAGAGCCAUUCGUACCUCUGGUAUCUUGGCUACUACGUACUACUGCAACAGUAUUGACUGUCGUUUCUGCGGCGGUCCUAAUGGUGCUGCUGGGAAUUACGUUUCUGGUACUUAGGUUUAAUUUGUUCAGAGUAUGGGAGGAUAGUUCUGCGUACACAACAGUAGGAACUUUUUCCGAAAUAAGUUCAAUAUUUAUUGUGGAUAUUAUUAUUGCCAUUAAGAUGAUUGUUCUGCAAAAAAUUUAUUAUAAAAUAUGCCUCAUGAUAACCAAUUUUGAGAUACCAAGGACUGAAAUAGAAUUUGAUAAUUCGUACAUUUAUAAAUGUUACAUUUUGGAUUGCGUCAACAACUUUGGUGGUUUAAUAUUCAUUGGGUUUUUUAUGGGUAAGGCUUUAGAUCACCCAGCCAAAGUGGUUGAUAAUCCGAUCUACGAACCAUUCUACCGCAAGUGCGCAGGAUUGAGCUGCGCCUUCGAAAUGGCAAUCCUUCAGUUAACGAUAUGGCUCAUCCGGACCUGUCAUAGAAUGUUCACCAAAUUAGUUAUCCCUUACUUAACUGUAAAGAGAAAACUACAAAAUUCCAAAUUUUCAAACGAGAAACUAAAACAAUGGGAGUCGGACUAUCUUUUAAAUACAUCCGAACGUUACCUGAUUGCUCAUGAGUGUUUGGAUAUAGUUAGUGAAUAUGGAUUUGUAACCUUUUUUAUCUCUUCAUUUCCACUAGCACCCCUAUGUGGAUUCUUCACAAACAUAUUGCAUUUAAGGAUUAAUGCCUAUAAAACCAUAACUUUGUACAGACGUCCAAAUGCCAGAAAAGUACCUAAAUUAGUGUGUUUUUCAAAAUUACUACAAGUCACUACAUACUUUGGUAUCAUAGCAAACGCAGCUAUGAUAGCGUUUAACAGUGAUUUCGUACCGAAAGAAAUCUUCCGGAUGUAUUACAAUGCUUCUCUCGAAGGGAUUUCCGAACAGCAGUUUUCUAAAAUAGACACCAGUAAGGUUUAUAGUUACUAUGACUAUAAAGUUGACGAAGAAAUCUGCUACUAUAACGAUAUAAGGGAUGAGAAUCAAAAAAAAAAUCUUGAAUAUUGGUGGAUUCUUGCUAUUAGAUUUGCCGCUCUACUAGCGAUCGAACACGUAGUUUUCCUUAUACAAGGAUUUUUAUCCUACAUGAUACCAGAUGUUCCGUAUUCAGUGAAGGAAGAAAUAGCCCACCAGCAAAAAAUUAAGCGCGAGCAGGGUAUGAGGGAAGCGGAAACUUCCUUCAUCAAAGAUAGACAGAAAGUUAUUAAAGAUUCAGAACGUUUUGUAUUAAUUAAGUAG